UGGCCCCGCCUCCCCCAACAAGGCUGGCGAUCUCGCGAGAUCCGGGGAGAGGAGGGAGAUCCAAGCGGAGAGCGGCCGGCAGCAGUUGCAAAGCAGGAGACAGAAUGGAUGAUCUAAGUGAAAAUACCACAGUCUUCUCCACUUUACGUUCCUUCAACAACUUUUUGUCAGAAGGUUCAGCUACAUUACCCAGGACUAGCGAGCCAAGCUCUGUCUCUAGGAUGUUGCAGCUGCAGUACGAGCAGAGAAUACAGCUGUGGAAUCCCUAUAGUGCACGUGAUGGGAUUGGCAGACUUCUGCAGGCUGAAGAGCAGGCUGACUACGUCCGUUCGCAUUCACGCAUUCUAGAGGUGGAAUGGGAGAAACAGAAGAUGGAGGUCAGUCAUAAACGGGCCAGGAUUGAGCUGGAGAAAGCAGCGCAAAAUAGUUCCUGGAACUAUGAGCGAGAGGCAGAUCGAAACCAAGAGCUAAUAACCCAGAUGAAACAACUGCGGGAGAAGGAGGCAGAUGUUGAGACAAAAUUGAAGGAUCAGAUUGAUAUCAAUAAGUCAUUGAAAGAGGACCUUGGGCUUCAAAGUAAGAAACUCCAAGAAAAAGAAGAAAAGCUUGCUGAAGCUAAUCAGAUGAUUGAUGUCAUGAAAGCUAAGAUAUCAGAACAGCAGCAGCAACAGAUGACUCAGGAAAUCCAGCUGACAGCACUGAACACGGAGUGCCAGGAGCUACGUGAGCAAGUGGAAGUGCAACAUAAGAAGUGGCAAGAGGCUGUGCAAAAGAUUCAGACACUUGAAGCUGCUCAGGUGGUUAAUGCUGAGAAUGAGCAGAGAUUGAAGGAAUUAGAGCAUAAAAUGACUCAGCAAGAACAAGACUCAGUGAUUGUCAAGAACAUGCGGUCAGAUCUAGCUCGAAUCCCUGAACUGGAGAAAGAGCUUCGGCAGCUGAAGGAGAAGAAUGCCUAUUGCAAGGAAGUGGAAGAUAACAAUUCACUGAUGAAAGAAGAAAUAGAAAGUCUUCGUAAAAAGCUUGAACGUCUUGAGAAGUUAAAGGAAGAGAAGGUUACUCUGGAAUUGGAGAAUGAGAAAUUAUUGUCCAAGUUGCAAAGUUGGGAGAAUGUGGAACAAACUUCAGGAUUAAAUAUUCGGAGCCCUGAAGAUCUUUCACGAGAAAUUGUGCUAUUACAACAGCGUGAACUUCUCCUCAAGCAACAGAACUCUUCUGUGACUACCAGUGCUCGAAUGUUGGAAAAGACUCGACAGCAGCUUCAGGAUGAUACUUUAAACUUGCGGACACAGCUUCUUUCUGAGCAGAAGAAACGUGAGCUACAGGAAGCAAAUGCUCGACGGUUGGAGAAGCGCAAUAUUUUACUCAUCAAAGCUCGUGAUGGGAUGAAAGGUAUUUUGGAUUCUUAUGACAAUGAGUUGGCCAGCAAUUAUUCACCACAGCUAAAUCGAAGGGUCCGUGAAGCAGAGGAUAUGGUGCAGGGUCUACAUACCCAUAUUUCAGAGCUGGACCGUCAGCUGUCGCAGGCCCUGGAGGAUGCUGGCAACCACAAGCUAAAAGCACAGACACUUGAAGCAGAAUUGAGUGUUCUUCAGAAGCAGGCUGCUAUGACUGACCAGAGCAUCACCAAAGAAGAGGGAAAUGCACUGAGACAGAAGAUUGAAGAGCUGGAGGCCGAGAGAAGCCGCCUUGACAAAGCAAACAAGGAUUUGGAAAUGAAACUGGAGCGACACACCCUUCAGGGUGAUUAUGAUCCCACCAAAACAAAGGUGCUUCACUUGAGUAUGAACCCUUGCAGUCUGGCGAAGGAGCAUCACAUCACAGAGCAGAAGAGCCUAAAGGAAGAAUGUGAGCGUCUCCGAGAACGGGUGCGGAUUCUGGAAGAGGGCACAGAUCCUGAACAGUUGGGGUCACGAACCAAUCUGCCAUCGUCUCAGGAAAUUGCAGAGAUGCGCAAACAGGUGAACAGUGCAGAGUUGAAGAACCAACGAUUGAAGGAGGUGUUCCAAAAGAAGAUUCAGGAAUUCCGAGCUGUCUGCUAUACCCUGACAGGUUAUAAGAUUGAUGUCACUACAGAGAACCAGUAUAAGCUGUCUUCAAUGUACGCGGAACACCAGGAUGAUUACCUAAUGUUCAAGGCUGCCAACAGCCUGGGAGCAAAGAUGCAGCUUCUGGAGACAGAUUUCUCCAAUUCCCUCACUGAGCUGAUCAACCUUCACCUGCACCAUCAGAACAGCAUCCCAGCAUUCCUCAGUGCCAUCACCCUUGACCUCUUCAGUCGCCAAACAUGCGCCUAGCAGACCAGGAAAAGAGCUUGCAUGUUUGUGGUUAAAGACAACUAUUUUUACUUCAUUGUUCUGUUGCUUUUGGGUAGUGUCAAUUUGACACCAGUUCACCACUUAGUUAAAUUUACAGUGGGGGGCUUGCUUAAUAUGUUUUCUGAGCAGUUGUUUUUGAUUUAGUUGUGUAGUUUUACUUAUUGUGUUCUCCUUCGUUCAUCGUCUGGCAGCUCGAAAGGGGAAUGAGCAGAGCGUGAACUCCACAGCUGCUGAUACCAACGCAGCCUUGGGGGGAGAUUCCUUUUCAUGCGGGGAGCUAGACAGAUGCCUGUUUCUCAGAUGGAGGGACUUAGAGUGAAGGACAUGAUUAAAAAAUGAUGGAACUCUUCUCACCAGUUGUUACAAUGCGAGUAUUUAACUGCUGAGCUGUAUUGCUAUCUUGCUGUACUUGCCAACACUCCCUGUACAAAUCAGGGCACCCUGUUGCUUGUACAGCUCUUCAACCAGAAAACAUCUAUCGAGACAUACUUGGUGCUGCCCCUCGUAUAAAGAAACAAGCCAAUGUCAAUUCAAUCUUCUCUCUAAUGGAACGAGGCAAAGGUUCCCUGGCUUUUCUUAUUCAGUACAUCAUAGUGGAAGCCAUGGUGGCUGGACCAAGUUAAUUGUGACAGGAAAACUGCCACACACACCACCCAUCCUGAUUAAGUAGGAGGACAGAAGCUGCUGGCAGAACUCCCAGCCAUCAACAUAAGUCAUCAAUUAGGCUCAUUACUGAGCCAAAUGAUAUCCAUUAUGCAUAAGUUCACCACAGUAUACAGGUGAUUCUAGAAUUAAAUGGAGCCACAUGGAUCUCCUAUGUGCUCAGAACGCCUCCAGCAAACCCUGUCACUUAAGCUGUGGGCCCUGGACCUCAGACUUAUGUUGUGCCCUUAGCAACCACUCCUACCACUGGGGCUGGGGGCAUGAGAAGCUGUCAGCUUGUGGUGGACCAGGAACUCUCAGCGGUGAAACUUCUACUGUUGGGUAUCUGAAUCCUGGGGAAAUCCUACAGGCAGUCAGUUACAUGCCAGAUGGGCCGUUGAUUUCAUCAGGCCUCGCCCACAGAACCAAUGGAGUUUCCUGCGCAUCUCCAACCUUUAGGAAAGAUCCCUCCACUAGCCCAACAAAAUCCCAACCCCUGUAACACUUUAAUAACAGCCAGUAAGAUAAUUACUAAGGCAUUGAGUAAACAUGAGUGGAGAGAAUAUUGCCAGAGCCUUUUAUGAAUUGUGGCUGAUUUAGAAAUCCAGGUGAACAAUUCACAGUAUAAGUAAACCUCGGUGAUUUUAUUAAUUUUGAACGCUUGAUUUUAGGAAAUAAUAUUUGAUAGCUAUUGAAUUACCUUCUUUGAAAUUAUAUUUUGCCCCAAAUCCUCCCAUGACCUCUGUGGAUCAGCAUUUAAUUCAGCAGGGAUGGGGAAGGUAAAUACUAUUCCUUCCUCCACCUAGUUGUGUGCAAUUCCAACACGACCCAAAUAACCAGUGAUCAAGUGGAAAUAUCAGCUGUUUAUUCCUUUCCCAACUGAAGGCACAAGUGUUUAAUUUUUUUCCUUAUUGAAUAACUCAGCAAGCAAGCAUCAAACCUGCUGCAUUAAGGCAAUAAUUGAGCAAGAAAGGGAGUAAAGUAAUCUAGAUUUCUCACAGGUUUCAUAUCUAUCUGUCAUUACCAGUGACUCUACAAAGAUGGAGCUGAUGUAUUUGAUCUGUGAGAAGUUCAAGAUGUUCAUAAACUACUGAUAUUUUUUGCAAAUAAAAUAUGCCAAAUAUUGAAAUGUUGGAUGAAUAUUAUUUAAGUAAAAAAGCACAAUUGAA